AUGGCAAGCCUCAAUGACUUGGUGCAUAUUCUUUUGCUUUCAUGUUCCUUGAUGAUCUUCAACACUGGCUGUAUGGCAGACUCGCUUUCGCACCCUCCUCCCCCUGUGAAGUCGGCCUAUUAUCCUUCAUGGUUGUCAGAUGAUUUCCCACCUUCAGCUAUAAACACAUCAUUCUUCACUCACAUCUUCUAUGCCUUUCUUGUGCCAAACGAUGUCACUUUCAAAUUUGACUUGUCAAAUUCAACAGCUUUGCUUCUCUCCAAUUUCACCACCACCCUCCAUCACAAACAUCCACCAGUGAAGACCCUCUUGUCCUUAGGUGGUGGCGGAGAUGACCCAAAACUACCUAAAAUCUUUGCUCGCAUGGCCUCGGAGCCCUCCUCACGUUCACAUUUCAUACACUCUGCCAUAGAGGUUGCACGUAAGUUUGGGUUUGAUGGGCUGGAUCUUGAUUGGGAAUUCCCUCAAAGCCCAAAAGAAAUGAAGGACUUGGGCCACUUGCUCAAAGAAUGGCGCCACGCACUCAAGAAAGAGGCUAAAUCCACAGCCCGCCCUCCUCUCCUACUCACCGCCGCCGUCUACUUCUCGGUCGACUUCUUCUUGGCCAACGUCCGCCGCUCCUACCCCAUGCCGCACAUGAAUAAAUACUUGGACUGGAUUAAUGCAAUGUGUUUCGACUAUAACGGGGCUUGGAGCAAUACCACAGGGCCCAAUGCAGCAUUGCUUGACCCGAAGAGUAACGUAAACUCCAUACACGGGCUUAAGUCAUGGAUCAAGGCCGGGAUACCCUCAAAGAAGCUAGUUAUGGGCUUGCCACUCUACGGCCGGACAUGGGAGCUCAAAGACCCAAAUAAUCAUAGUAUUGGGGCUACUGCUGUUGGGCCAGGCCCAGGAGGUGGGCAUGACGUGGACACUAUGACAGUAUAUUCUUUUAACGGAUCUUCAUGGGCUUCGUUUGAUGAUGCGUUUACUACAAUCUCCAAGAUAGGGUAUGCUCAAGCCCUUGGGCUACGUGGAUACUUCUUUUGGGCCCUCACAUAUGAUAGCGACUGGAAGAUUUCGGCGCAUGCUUCAAAUUCAUGGAUUCUCGACGAAUGA